ACGCAGGCGCGGGGUGUCGAUUUCACCGGGAGAGAGCUCCAGUGAGAUCACAUCACCGGUCCGGAAUGGGACGGCCGCCUGUUUGGGUGUCAGUUACAGGCUGGCCCCAUCUCAGCUCCGCACAGACAGCAAGCAGCAGGCAGGGGUAACACAAUAGCCGCUAACGGUGUUGUACAAGCGAGGCAAACGGCUCCGACUUCUCUUGGAGAGUAAACUUACUUCAGGACUUUGUUUUCCCUCCUGUGCAUCCACGCGGGAUUAUUGUUGGUGUAGCUGUCUAAUAUAUAAUAUUGUUCUGCUAGAAGAUGAUUUCUUUCCAGACCGCUCUGGGAGUUGCGUUCGUGGUGGCGGGGAUGCAGAUCUGUUGCUGUCAAACGCCAGGGGGCUGCACGCUGAUGGAUUCGUGCGGAGGCUGCCUGGCCGGGGACGCCUCGCUCAAUAUCACAGACUGCAUGUGGCUGCAGUGCGAUUCAGGCAACUCGAGCUGUGUGUGGGAGAGCGAGGUGCCGGAAGGCUGCUCCCUGUACAACGAAGCCUCCCUGUGUGCUGCUGCUCCCACUUCAGCCCCCAGGAGCUCCACCCCCAGUGGGACAGACGCCCCGCCCCCCACGGUGCCGGCCCCAGUGUACAAGCAGGCAAACUUUGACCUGUCGAGCUUCAUCGGGGGGAUCAUCCUGGUGCUGGGAAUGCAGUCGGCCGUCUUCUUCAUCAUCAAGUUCUUCAAGACCAAAGACAGCACCUACCAGACCAUCGAGGAGCCGCAGUAGGGUCUGUGUGGCCAGGCUGUGUGGGAGAGUGGCAGCGACACAGUUUAAUCCAGAACGCCUCCCUUCCCUGGCUCCUUUUAUAUUGAAAUCCACUCUGCCCCCUGAAACCUUUGCUGUUCCUGCGUGCUGCAUGACUGUGAGAAGACUUUCUUUAAGAAUAUAUCCAAUCCUUAAGUAAAAAAUAAAAAAGCAGCCACACUUUUGAUGUUUAAUAGUAAUUCCUGAGUACAAUCUCCAAAGUGCACGAGAUGACCGCUCUUAUGACAAUGAGAGACCCCCUGCACAUGACAAUCUUUAAGGAAAGUGUCCUCCCUGUGUGGUUUGCCCCUCUCUCGUGUGUUUUGAAGUUGCUUGCUCUGUCGUCAUUGCUGACAAACCUACAGAGAGGAGCCUCUCUGGUUUAAUCCAUCUCCGUACUCUUCACUCGCUUGUGUAACGUUUUCACUGCCCCCUGAUCAUGGUGUAGUUGAAUAUUUCUAAUCUACCCCUAGAGAGCAGCCCAUUCCUUCAUGUCGGUUCUGCACCUGUUACAGUUACCCCAUUCCUGCUGCUUUGCUGAAAUGGAAUUAUCUCCUCUGAAAAACUGAUACAGUAUGUCCAGUGGCUUUGGGGGUCUCCUGUACUGGUGUAGUACCUAGAUAUUAUACCAAGAUAUUUGAAAGCAAAUAUAAAGUUCCACUGCACAAAAAUAUGGGGGUGAGUGAAAAUGGUACUGCAGCUAUCUUAGGUGCUGUUCUAUUAACUGUCCUCUCUAGACAUACAGCAUGCUUUUGAAUAAUAUAAAGACACCAUCACUGGCACAACAGCUAAUCCCAUCCCUUGCUCUGUUUUCAGUCCAUUAGUUUGAGGUGCGACACCUUUAUUUAACACAAGGACUAUUAUGAAACAAGGGCAAAUUUUAUAAAAGGAAUCAAAUCAUUGGAACGAUGUUAAAGAGUAAAUAGAUUCAAAUGCCAUUUAAAAAAAACCUCUUUUCUCUUUGAUGGUGUUUGCAGUCAUUGUGAGUGGUUCUGUUGCUCCAGUAUUUGAGCUGCUUUGAGCUCACCGGGAGAGUCCGAAGUCGCUUUUCAGUUGAAAGGUCUCAUUGUCACAUGUGAAUGCAAUGAGGAAGGCUAAUCAGUGCCGGCACUUAGACAAGCACAAAGCCAGGUGAAAAACAAAUCUGUAACUCAGCACUAGAACAGCAGAACCCAGCAGCACUCAGCAUGAGGAGAAUGUAAAAAAGCAAUUGCCCAUAAUUGAGCUGCACCUUCCUGCAUGCCAUUUAUUUCUGUCUAAUUGUGUAUUCUUGUCCUCUGAGAGAAGUUCCCUUCGCCUCCACAGUAUGGCUGCUUCUCACUUUGUACCGUCCAUCUUGAGCGCAUGUUUCCAUCCUGCUUUUCUUUCUCGCUGUAGGAUCUGAAGAGUGAAGCUGUGUGUUACAGUGUGGACUAGUCCCCAGUGACUGUGCUGGGGGCUUUUCAAACUUCCCUGGACUGUGGGAGUCUCACCCCACACUGUCACAACUGUCUGUCUGUCUGUCUGUCUGUUCAAAGAAGAAAACAAAACCAUGCAACACCAGACUGAGCCCACACAAAGGUCAGGAUAACCGGGACUUCUUUCUGUGGCCUUGGAACGCACAUCACACCUGAUAUCCUUCCUCCGGAAUGUAGCACCACCUGGGUGCUCUGUGGAGGGACCCUCUUUUCUGCCGCAGUGCUUGCACCCGUAUCCUUCUGCGCCUGCAUUGCGGCCCUGCACCCUAACCUCUGAGCCACAGAGCACCCAGCUGGUGAGAGACAAAAAGGGAAGGAGGACAAACUGCAUUUUGACACCAAUCGCAGAACAUGAGAUAUGUUGAAGGGGAUAAGCUUGGACUAUACGGUGUGUUGGCCUGUCCUUGAUUUCAUCUUUAGGACAGCAGCACUAAAAGGAAGCCUUGAAAUAAAAUCAGACGAAUGUGUUAUUUGAAGCAUUUCAGGUGGAAAGCCACCUUGGGAAUCCAGGUAGUGUGCAGGGUGUUACCUCCUCAGUGUUUCAUCAAACAGCAGUGAUGCGGGCAGUAUUAGACACAGAAGCACCUUUCAACCGAGCGCUAACCACCAGUCCUCUAGAUAUUCCGUCUUGCUGUCCCAUAGUGAACGAAACUGGCUUUGCAACAGGGAGAUGCAGCUUUUAUAUAGAACUAAAUGCCAUGGCACAGCAAGUGUGUGCUACAUUGUACAGGUGUUUCCAUUUGUAUUGCCCAUCCCUUGUACAUUGGACAUUUGAUACUUGGUUAAAGAAAUGUGUUAGCAAGCCUUGCUUUCAGUUAGUGUUGCACUUGGAUAUUUUUAAUAACAGAGGCACAUAUUUACCAUGUGUGGCAAUAUAAAUACAGUACAUUAUAAAAUGCAACAAAACUGGUCUCUUUUGUAAUAUGAGUUACACACUGCAUUUCAAAUGUGUUCUGUGUAAAAAUUUCCUAUGAAACACAUUCUCAUUUUCAAAGCUUUUUCUAAAAAGCAAAUGACUUGAAGAGCCCCUAACAGCACGUGCACUAGCAUGCAUCCAUGUUUCAUUGUGCUCCUAACAGCACGUGCACUAGCAUGCAUCCAUGUUUCAUUGUGCUCCUAACAGCACGUGCACUAGCAUGCUUCAAUGUUUCAUUGUGCUCCUAACAGCACGUGCACUAGCAUGCAUCCAUGUUUCAUUGUGCUCCUAACAGCACGUGCACUAGCAUGCAUCCAUGUUUCAUUGUGCUCCUAACAGCACGUGCACUAGCAUGCUUCCAUGUUUCAUUGUGCUCCUAACAGCACGUGCACUAGCAUGCUUCAAUGUUUCAUUGUGACCCUAACAGCACGUGCACUAGCAUACUUCCGUUUCAUUGUGCCCCUAACAGCUUGUGCACUAGCAUGCAUCCAUGUUUCAUUGUGCUUCUAAAAGCACGUGCACUGGCAUGCUCCCAUGUUUCAUUGUGACCCUAACAGCACAAAUAUAUAAAUAAUAAAUGCAUUAUCAAUACUUGAAUAUGUGCUUCCAAAUAUUGGCUGUAAACCUAAUGCUUUACACAUACCAUGCUGAGUUCUGUCGCAGCUACAUUGUAUUAACUAACUGGAUGCUGUCUAGAGAAAUAAAAUAGAGCAGGCUUGCACCAUCAGUGUCAGAGCUACUGUAGUGUCAUCAAUCAAUCAUUCAUCUGUCCAGGCAUGGCUCAUUGUAAUGGAUUUGUGUGCGUUCACCCCCCAUGCAGUCACAGUGGCAGUGAGGUGUUGAGGUCCUUCUCUUUGAUUGAGUCAUGAUGAAGAGACAGCUGUGAGACUGAACCACCCUGCUUUGAAUGGGGGAAUCCCUGCUGUUUGUACGGACCCCCCCCCCUCUCUCUUUGGAAUGGUUUAGCUGUUGUCCAUAUGCAAUGAUGUACGUUUUCUGAACCCUCGCUGUUGUGUUUAGAGAUGGAAUAAUUUAAUAAAAUGGUUCUUUCUUAC